GGGGCAGACUCGAUACAUACUUUACUUCUCAUCGGAAAGAAGAUGGAAAGACUCUUUCCCAACCAUGCCGGCCAUCCUAAGAUUGUUCUGAUGGAUGGUGGAUCGGGGACGACGCUUGAGGACGAGUUUGGAUGCCGGCUGAAGAGUCAGCUCUGGUCAUCCGAGCUGCUGCUCAACCGGCCCGAGAUACUCUCGAGUCUCCAUCAUGCCUGGGAACAGGCUGGGGCCCAAAUCAUCUCAACUGCCAGCUAUCAAGCAACUCUCGAAGGCUUCAGAUCCCUGCUGUCUCAAUCUUCCAGGGGCGAAACAGAGGAGAAAGAUGUCGGAAGCGAUGUUAGUCUUCAACUACUCCGCCGUUCCGUCGCUCUGGCACGCGAUUCGUUGAGCGGCAGCAAUGCCCGAGUGGCGCUUUCGCUGGGACCCUAUGGCGCGACCUUAACCCCGGGACAGGAGUACAGCGGCUGCUAUCCGGCGCCAUAUGAUAGCGAAGAGAAGCUGGUGAAUUUCCAUUUUGACCGAUUGAUGGACUACGCUGAAGACUAUUCGACGUGGGAGAAGGUCGACAUCGUGCUCUUCGAGACGGUACCGAACCUCACUGAGGCGCGUGCCAUCCGACGCGCUUGGAAGAAAUUCGAACGGACACUCCACGCUCUCAUACGAAGAUCGGCUACUGGAGCGAACCCCGACUCAUCCUCCAAACCUUGGGUCAUCAGCUUUGUUUUCCCGACAUCCACGGGCCAGUUCCCCACCGGUGAAAAUCCUUCCCAAGUCUUGCAGGCCGCCCUAAUUACCGAUGCCGAUGCCGAGUUAGCCGAGCCUUCAGGGGUUGGAGUCAACUGCACCAAGCUUGGUAAUCUCCAACCUAUCCUCGAAGCUUGGAGGACUUCGGCGGUAGAUCACUCCAAAACUUGGCUUUGGCUCUAUCCUGAUGGUGGACCUACCUACGAUUCCGUCAAUCGGUCCUGGACUGGCUCUCCGAUCACUCACCAAGAAUGGGCAAAUCAGCUCUUUACCAUCGCAUCCAACUUUUCAGCCUCUUGGGCUGGGAUCGUCUUGGGAGGUUGUUGCAAGGCAGGAACUCCACACAUUCGUGCCCUCCAUCAGCUUCUCUCUUCGACCGCGAGGAAUGAAGAUUCUCUCAAUAACAGUGAUUAACUGCUCUUCAUUUUCGUCCUUGUUUUUUUUUUCUUCCUGCAAACAUAUCUAUCGUCUUUGUCCGCUUGACCCAAACCAAUCAAAACAGCAAAA